AUGGUGGUAAGAACCUCUUCAUACAGUUCCAUCGGUUGGAUGAUGGUUGACUUUAAAAUCCGCACGGUCGAGGUGGAGGGCAAGACCGUAAAGCUGCAGAUUUGGGACAUAGCAGGGCAGGAGCGGUUCAGGACCAUCACGAGCAGCUACUACCGAGGAGCUCACGGGAUAAUUAUUGUUUAUGACAUCACGGACAUGGAGAGCUUCAACCACGUGAAGCAGUGGCUUGGCGAGAUCGACCGAUACGCCAACGACAGCGUACGCAGGCUUCUUGUUGGUAACAAAUGUGAUCUGGCCGAGAACAGGGCUGUCGAUACUUCAAAAUAACUGCAGGCUUACGCUGAAGAGGUAGGCAUCCCGUUCCUCGAAACGAGCGCUAAGGAGUCAAUCAACAUCGAGGAGGCGUUCUUGGCAAUGUCUGCUGCAAUUAAGAAAAGUAAAGCAGGGAGUCAAGCAGCCCUAGAGAGGAAGCCCUCCAAUGUAGUUUAGAUGAAAGGGCGGCUGAUCCAGCAAGAGCAGCAGAAGAGUAGAUGCUGUUCAACAUGA